AGGACUGCAUCCCCAUCUUCACUAGUGACUAAAUUUCCUCCCUCAAAACACAGCACAAAUGACGCACCAUACUCUCUAUCUCUUCUACCAAAAUGCACUUCCCUAUAAGAACUCAAGCAAAUCCAUGCCUUCACCAUCAAAACCCACCUCCAAAAUGACCUCCACAUUCUAAUCAGGCUCCUCCUUAAUCCUACGUCGUCCUCUAUGGAGCAUGCGCACCGCAUGUUCGAUCAAAUUCCCCAAACAUACAUUAUUCUCAUCAAUACCAUGGCUCGUUUCUAUUCUCGAUCCAACACCCCACUCAAUGCGAUUUUCCUUUUUGUUAAAGUCUUAAAUGAUGGUUAUCUUGCAGAUAAUUACACUUUUCCUUCUUUACUUAAAGCUUGUAUAUAGCUAAAAGCUUUUCAAGAAGGUAAACAAUUGCAUGACCUUACUAUCAAACUUGGGUUAAAUGAUAAUGUCUAUAUGUUUCCUGCACUUAUAAAUAUGUACACGGAGUGUAAUGAUGUCGAUGGAGCUCGACGUGUGUUUGAUAAGAUACUAGAACCAUGUGUUAUUUCAUAUAAUGCUAUCAUAAUGAUUUAUGCUCGAAGUAAUAGACCUAAUGAAGCAUUGGCGUUGUUUCGCGAAUUGCAAGCGAAGAAGCUUAAACCUACUGAUGUUAUCAUGCUUAGUGUUUUAUCAUCUUGUGCUUUUUUGGGAGCGUUAGAUUUAGGGAAGUGGAUUCAUGAAUAUGUCAAGAAGAAUGGUUUUGAUAAAUAUGUCAAGGUGAACACUGCACUAAUAAGUAUGUAUGCCAAGUGUGGGAGCUUGGAUGAUGCAAUUUCUGUCUUUCAGAACAUGAGGGUAAAACAUACCGAGACUUGGUCAGCAAUGAUUGUGGCCUAUGCAACUCAUUGGCAGGGUAAUAAAGCUAUAUCAAUGUUUGACGAAAUGGGAUAGGCUAGAGUGCAACCAGAUGAAAUUACAUUUUUGGGUUUGUUUUAUGCCUGCAGUCAUACUGGGUUAGUAGAUGAAGGUCUUGGUUACUUCUAUAGCAUGAGUGACAGCUAUGGGAUUAUGCCUAGGAUCAAGCAUUAUGGGUGCACGGUAGAUUUGCUAAGUCGAGCUGGGCACUUGGAUGAAGCUUACAAGUUCGUAGAUGGAUUGCCAAUCAAGCCUAUACCCAUACUAUGGCGAACCUUGUUAUCUGCUUGUAGCAGCCAUGGCAAUUUAGAAUUAGGGAAGCAGGUGUUGGAGCGAAUAUUUGAACUAGAUGACUCUCAUGGUGGAGAUUAUGUAAUUCUAUCAAACAUGUGCGCUAGAGCUGGGAAAUGGGAAGAUGUGGAUUCCUUGAGAAAAUUAAUGAUUGAUAGAGGAGCGGUAAAGAUUCCUGGAUGUAGCUUGACAGAGGUAAACAGUGUGGUGCAUGAAUUCUUCUCUGGGGAGGGAGUGCAAUACAUUUCUAUAACUAUCCAUGAGGCACUAGAUGAGUUGGUGGAGGAAUAAAAAUUGGUCAGUUAUGUACCUGAUAUUUCUCUAGUCUUUCAUGCUGAAAUGAAUGAUGAGGAGAGGGAAAUUAAUCUUAGAUAUCAUAAAAAAUUAGCAAUUGCUUUUGGCCUUCUUAACACUCCGCCAAGGACAACAAUCCGUGUGGUGAAAGGGAAUUGCCAUUCUGCUGCUAAAUUUAUAUCACUGACUUCCAAUAGGGAAAUCAUUCUUAGAGAUAUUUACCUUGACCGGAAAUCAUUCUUGUGAAUUAAAAUCCCUCCUUAUUAUGACCGGGAUAUUUACCUUGACGCUUAUCUUUCAAUAACACUUCUCUAUUAGUUACAAAAUAUGAAGGAUAUGGACCUGAUUUUGCAUUAUCUCUAGAAUCGCUAUCAAAUAAUACAAGUACUUGGAAUCAUUAAGAGCAAGGAAGAGCAGGACAGGUUGGUUCCAAUUGGUGGUUCUGUAAGUUCUCAUCAGGAUUAUCAUUGUCCGAGUAUAUGACCGUUGAUGUACAGAAGCUGGUAUGGAUCAUUAUUGUUUGUUGUACUCUCUUUGCUCAUCAUAGGGAAAAGAAAUUAAAAAAAUAAAAGUAAAAACAUUCUUGUUUGUAAAGAAUGCAUAAUGUACCCAACAUGGGUUUCAGGAAAUGUGAGCGCCUAACUCAUUUUGAUCUUAAUUUGCAUUUAUAAUGUCCCUUCUAAAUCCAUUGACCUUUCAUACUUAUUUUUGCCACGGCCAUAUGGACAAAGAAUGUAUAGUUUAUACUCUACAUUCUUUGCCUCUUUGGUGAUUUGAAUCCUCAACUGUUGUUUGUCUUUGUGUGCCUUUACUGUUAAAUAUUUAGUAUCUGCAGUGUAAAAGUUGGUUC